ACACUUAGUCGAAAGAGAACCCGAGUGCAGUUGAAUCGACAUUCCGACGUGGAUGCGCACGCGCAUGCAGAGCUCCCAUCCGAGUCUUGGCUUCUGCUAGUUGUAUUCAAAGUGCCGUGUUGUUGGAAAAUCGUGAGCGUUCGGAAUUUUUCAGCUCCUAUAAGCGACUCUUAUAAACGCUCGUAUUCGUAUUUUUCGAGGUUAUAAACACCCGAUUUUAUUGAUUGUAUGUGUGCAGUAGCAUCGACAGCAGCAUUAACCAAAUCAUGUAGAAGCGAUAAAAACAUAUCCGUAAUGUCCGAUAUUGAAGAAGACGAAUUUCAAGAUGCACAGGAGGAUCUGCCGCCACCAACCACAAUGGAUUUUGAUACAGCAAUAUCAGAGGCGCAACAAGCUGUACAUUAUUUUUUAAACAAUGAUUUUGAGAAAGCAAAACAAAUACUCGAACCAUGGUCCGACAAUAGUAUGUAUCAUGCUUUGGGUACCAGCCUAUUUGCAUUCCUCGAGGCGACGCUUACAUUUGAGCAGAAAGACGUUAUAAAGGCGUCGAAAUCCUUGAAGCAAUGCAUGGCCGUAUGUACAAAACAUCGACGACACACUACCGCCAUGCAAAAUAUCGGCAAAAUGGUCAAGAAAACUAAUUAUGAUUCUUACACUAACGAGGAAGUACAUGCAGAACUCUGUUAUGCCGAGUCAUUACUUUUAAAGUCGAUGUUGAUGUUCCUCGAAGAUGAAACAUUAGUGAACUUCGUUAAAGCUGCUAUGAAAAUACGCACUUGUUUCCUAUCAUACAAAGAAUGCUCACAAAUUUUGAAUACCAGAAAAUGGCAAAAUGAAUCCAGCAGAACGCAUUUUGAAAGUGGAGUUCGAAUGGGGAUUGGCACAUUUAAUUUAUUGAUCUCAUUAUUACCUGAACGUGUCAUUAAGUUAUUAGAAUUUAUUGGAUUUUCUGGAGAUAAGACUUAUGGUCUUAACCAGUUAAAAGCUGGAUUUGAUGAGCGUAAAGGUCUUCGGCAAGUGCUUUGUGCAAUGACACUACUUUCUUUUAAUUUAAUAAUCAUGUUUGUAUUGUGCAAUAAAGAAGGUGAUUUGGACUGGUGUGAAAAAGCUUUAGACGAACAACUUACUCUUUAUCCUGAUGGGAUUUGGUUUUUAAUGCUAAAAGCCCGACUUGAGCUCACUAGAGGUAAUAUUGAAGAUAGUAUUGAAUGGUAUAAAAAAUCCUGGAAGAGUCAACAAGUCUGGCCUCACUUUCAUCAUAUUUGUUUUUGGGAACUUAUGUGGGCUCAUUGUAUUCAACAAGAAUGGAGAGAAGCUUUAGAGUAUGCAGAGAAACUAUCAAAGGAUUCUAAAUGGUCGCGCACAAUUUAUUUGUAUCAGCAAGCUGCCAUUAUGAUGAUGAUGAAAUCUUCGUUGGAUAGCGAAGAAGAAAUAAAUAUUGAUCGAUUAAUGAUGCAAGCUCCAACUUAUAAACAACGCAUUGCUGGAAAAUCAUUACCAAUGGAAAAGUUUCUAAUAAAAAAGACCGAACGUUAUUUUGCGCAAAAAAAAAAUCUUAUUCUUCCUAUUUUUGAGCUUAUGUAUAUCUACAAUUUAUUUACAAUAAUGGGUAAACGUCGAGACAAACUAAUGAAUAUUUUCAAAACCAUUGAAGAAGAAGAAACUUCCUUUAAAAGUAGGCCAAAGAAUGAGUUUCAAGCAGAAAAUAAAGCACUGAUAUUACUUCUCAAAGGGGCUUGUCUCCGUCAAAUGAAACUCUAUUUACAAGCUGAAGAUUAUUUGAUGCAAGUUUUGGAAUUGGAAAAGGAAAUAAAAGAAGAUUCUUAUUUGGUUCCUUUUGCAUCUGUUGAAUUAGCAAUGUUAGCUCGAGAUCAAGGAAAAAAUCAAGCUGCAAUAUCACUUUUGGAAGAUGUCAAGAAAAACUUUACUGGCUAUUCGCUUGAGUCAAAAUUACACUUUAGAAUACAUUCGAUUAUAAUGGAAGUUUCAAGUAAAAAACCAGAAGAGAUUAUAGAAAAAAGAUUGCAGAUGGCUUCAUUAAAUGAUACAACCAUUUUAGACAAUAUUGAUCAAGCUGGGUCUAGUUCUAUUAGAUCAGCGACAUAUAAAGUACCUAAUAAUUGUCCAUCUGUAAAAACUUAAAAUUGCACUGGCUCUUUUUUUGUAAAAUAUAUUGUAUUUAUUAUUCUA